AUGCCGGACCUUGACGCCGCCGCCCCCGGUCGUCUCUCCCCGGUGCUGCCGUUCCGCCAGGGCCCCGGCCGCCACCCCUCGUCCUCAGAUCCUCACCCUCUGAUGCGGAUAUCGUCAUCCGAUCCCCGCUCCUCGUCCACCCAGUCCCUCGCUCCCUCCCACGCCCCCCUUUCGGACCCUCGCCGCAAGCUGCUCCUCGUCUACAUCCACGGCUUCUACGGCAACGACCAGUCCUUCAAGUCCUUUCCCGCUCACGUCCACGCCCUCCUGCGCGCUCUUCUUGCCGAAUCCCACGUCAUCCACUCCAAAAUCUACCCUCGCUACAAGACCUACCAUGCCAUCGAGGUUGCCCGCGACAACUUCAGUGCCUGGCUCGAGCCUCACGAGUCCCCCACCACCGAUGUCAUCCUCGUCGGCCACUCCAUGGGCGGUCUGCUUGCUGCGGAAAUCGUUCUCAUGCCCAAGCGUGGUCCCUAUCAGUCGCAGCCCUUUAAGCACCGCAUUCUAGGAACAUUAUCCCUCGACUCUCCAUUCCUUGGCCUUCACCCAGGCAUCGUGUCCUCGGGUAUCGCUAGUCUCUUCCACCCGGGCUCGCAGCCGGCCAACGACAGUCUCGACAGAUUAACCACGGGCCCCUCGCCGCCAUCAUCUGCUGGAGCAUCGCCGCCCUCGGCAGACUUGCAACUGGGGCUGGCGCCGUCUCUCGCAUCACCGCCUCCGCCCCCUGAUGAGACAGAUCCGUAUUUUGACCCGCCCUUCUGGAAUGACAAGCCGUUUCAGGAACAGCCCUUUCUCAGCCGCCUCGUGCGCUUUGCCGCCAAACACAGGUCUGAGGGUAUUUUUCGUGCCGUUCAAAACCAUCUGGUCUCACAUCUAGAGUUUGGAGGCUGCCUGGCAGACUACCCUGGACUUGUUUCCCGGUACAACAAGCUGCGGGCACUCGAGGACGUCGAUGAAGUCCAGGCUGCCAACGACGGGCACUCUGGCACCUCCUGCGCUCAAGUCCGGUUCGCCAACUAUUACACUCUGUCUCCAGGCCGCCCCAAGCCACCAAAGUGCCCUCCCUCAGAGGCUCGGGACAGCAGCGAGGUCAGUCUUUCGGGUCUCACUCAAGAUGACGUGGGCGCACCACUCUCGUCCGACACCGAGAGCGUCAAACUUGAAGGCCAAGACUCGUCAGCAUCUCUACCCAUGCCCAGUGUUGAAGAUGGACUGCAAGAUGAUUUGCAGUCCGGCAUUCCAACUCCGAGAAUAUCUGUUGAAGCGCCGAGGGAUGAAGACAUGCGGCAACGGCCCGACAGCGCAGACAGCACUAAUGAUCAGCAAAAGGAGAGAGGAAGCCAGGAGGCGAGUGGAGAACCAGAGCCGGCGGCCAUUCUGGAAAGCCUUUCGGCAAUGUCUAUGCAGAACAUCGAGCCACGACCGAUGGAGGACUCGGUAGCGGAGCCGAUAAAGGAAGAAGAGGUGUUAAGUCAGCCGCAGGAGCCUGCACAGAGCAGUGCAGAUCACGUUGACUUGCCGCCCCUACCAGAGGAGCCAUCCAAACCAACAAUGCCGGAUCUGGAGCAAUUCACCGACAAAGACGCUCGAAAACUUGCCGAAAAAGAAGGUAAGCGCGCCCAGAAAGCCUACGACCAAGCGGUCAAAGCCCGCUCCAAGGCCAUUCGGGAGCGCGAAAAAAUCGUGCAGAAGCGCCGCAAGGCAGCGCAAAAGGAAGCCGAAAAGCAGCAGAAAGACGCACUCAAGGCACAGCAGCGCCUGGAAAGGGAAGCGGAGAAGGCGGCGGCGGCAGCAGCGGCGGCGAGCGUCGACGGGGACGCGGCUUCGACCGCGCAGACAGACAAGCCGCGCAAGAUGCGCAAGUUCUGCACCCUGCCGCGCAAGACCAACGGCGUGAGAGACCCGACCUGGGUCGACAUCUACAUGGACGGCAUGGAUGAGGUGGGCGCGCACUGUGGGCUGUUUGUUCCAGGGCCGCACUACGAUGGCCUCGUCGGCGACGUCGGCAGCCGCAUCGUGACAUGGGUCUUUGAUGACAUGUCCAAGAGGGCCAUUCUCGAAGGCCUGGAGUAA